UUCAGAAGCUCCCAGACCGCCUGACACCAUCAUUUUAUGGAUGCACCUAAAGCCUGAGUACUUACAGCCUGCACCCCCCGCCCCACCCGGCUUCUUCCAACUUUCUUUCUGUCCUUGGAGCCCUCACAAGGCAGUUCCCUCAUGAUUUUUGAUACCCAGUAUCGUUUUCAUGGGUAAACAUCUUUUUUUGAACUCUUCGUAGUUUUUCUUGGUGCAAAUUCCAUUUGGUCUGUCAAGAUGCAGCUCCGUACGGUCCUUGACGUUAAUGUUGUGGAUGUGCAGAAGAGAAGGAAUCCCUCCAAACACUAUGUGUACCUCAUCAACGUCACUUACUCGGACUCCACUUCCCAUGUCAUCUACAGGAGAUACAGCAAAUUCUUUGACCUACAGAUGCGAAUCCUCGACAAAUUUCCGAUUGAAGGAGGCCAGAAGGACCCCAAAAAGAGGAUUAUUCCUUUUUUGCCAGGUAAAGUCUUGUUUCGCCGAAGUCACAUCAGAGAUGUAGCCGUCAAACGACUGAAACACCUGGAUAAUUACUGCAAGGCUCUGAUGAAGCUUCCCUCCCACAUUUCCCAAAGUGAGGAGGUCCUGAAGUUCUUUGAAACCAAAUCAGAGGACCUCAACCCUCCUACAGAAGACUGUGGAGGCUCUGGAAAACGUAAAUCAGGUCUGGAUGCUUCGGACCCCAUGCUCCUGGAACAGUAUGUGGUGGUGGCCAGUUACGAGAAACAAGAGCCGGCAGAAAUCAGCCUUCAAGCAGGGGAGGUGGUCGACGUCAUUGAAAAGAGUGAGAGUGGUUGGUGGUUUGUCAGCACCGCAGAGGAACAGGGUUGGGUCCCUGCUACCUAUCUCAACUCCCACAGUGGCACACGGGAUGACUUGGAGCUGGGCGCCUCUAAAGCAGGGGAAGUUACUAAGCGACAUAAGGCUCAUCUGAAGAGGCUGGACCGGAGAUGGACGUUAGGGGGUGUCAUCAGCAGGCAGCAGAGCCGAGAAGAGAAGUACGUGACAGUCCAGCCCUAUUCCAGCCAAGGCAAGGAUGAAAUUGCUUUCGAGAAAGGAGUUAUUGUGGAGGUGAUUCAGAAGAACCUGGAAGGCUGGUGGUUUAUCAGGUACCAGGAUAAAGAGGGCUGGGCUCCGGCCUCUUACCUAAAGAAGGUGAAGGAUGACUUCUCUCCCCGUAAGAAGACCGUUACAGGCCCAGUGGAGAUAAUUGGAAACAUCAUGGAGAUCAGUAACCUGCUUAACAAGAAAGCCUUGAGUGAGAAGGACAUGCAGAGUGAAGGUGUCCCAGAGAGCCCCCAGGUGGCCAGGAAGGAGAUCAGCUUGCCAAUCCCCUGUGCCGACUCCAGCCCGGUUAGUUCCUCACAGGAUGGAAAAAGCAAAGCAGAGCCUGCUUCACCAGCGAUAGCCCGCAUUGCUCCUCAUCGGGUGGAAAUCGGUUCUCCAGUUCUCAGGCAAAAACCUCCUCCUCGAAGAGAUGCAACCCUGGGAUUUCAGUUGCCCUCCCCACCAGAGCCCCCUACAGUUGAAGCAGAGUAUUACACCAUUGCAGAUUUUCAGUCCUGUAUAUCUGAUGGUAUCAGUUUUAAUGGGGGACAGAAAGCAGAGGUCAUUGAGAAGAACUCUGGUGGUUGGUGGUAUGUCCAGAUAGGAGAGAAGGAGGGCUGGGCUCCCUGCUCCUACAUUGAUAAACGUAAAAAGCCCAAUCUGAAUCGCAGAACAAGCACUCUGUGCCGCCCUAAAGUUCCACCCCCAGCUCCACCUGUCAAAAAACAAGACUCAGUGGAGACUGCGCCUCCCAGCAGCCCUGGGUCUGAAGCUCCAGAGUCCCCUGUGUCUCCUGGGAGGCCAGUAUAUGAAGAGCCAGAAUAUGAUGUUCCUGCCAUUGGAGAUCUGGACCUGGAGUCUGAGUUUGAGUUUUUGAGAGGAGAAGGUUCCUUGGUUGAUGGAAAGAAUGAGGACACUUCAUCUGAGAAAGGAUCCCAUCUGUCCUCCAAGCCCUCUCCGGCUUCAUCGCUCCACAGUGCCUCCUUCAAAAUGGGUGAGUCAUUUGAAGAUGGCCAUGAGGCAGAGGGAGAGGUGGAAGGGGAGGAAGAAUGCAUCUAUGAGAAUGACGGCUUUCGGCCCUUCAGAGAGACCCCAGAGAGGCAGUGCAGCAGGGACUCAAAUUCCUCAAAGACGAAUGUCUUGUCAGAAACUGGUAAGACUGCGAGUCCAACUUCAGGUGGAUGGAGACCUGCAGGAAACAAGCUCAAGAUUGACUUGAAUGGGAGCCCUUUUUCAACCAAAGCUGAGGAGGCAUCCAGUCCUAAAUCUGCCUCCACUGAUUCCACCCCAGAUCUGUCCAGACCUAAGAAAGACCAAGAGGAAAGCAAGGUAUCCUCUCCCACCAAAUCUUCAUCUAAACUAAAGCCAGUAGUGAGGCCUAAACCACAACUAGCCAAGGCCUCCAGUGCCGAAAAGAUGGACAUCAGCACCUUGAGAAGACAGCUGCGGCCAACAGGGCAGCUGAAGAAUGGCACCAAAACCAAAGGUGAAGACUCUGAGACAGCGUCAGUCAUCUCCUCUGAGGACUCCUUCUCUUCUCAGAGCACAUCAGAUCUCUCCUCCAUCUAUUCUAAAGGUAGCCGGGGAGACUCUGACCAGGAGGGCUGCAGCCUGUAUCGCACCACAGAUCCCUAUGAGAAAGGUCAAGAGUCUGAGCUCAGUUUUCCUGCUGGAGUGGAGGUGGAAGUGCUAGAGAAGCAGGAGAGUGGCUGGUGGUAUAUCCGAUGGGGGGAUGCAGAGGGAUGGGCUCCAACUUACUACCUGGAGCCCGUCAGGCAACAAGAUGACAUGGCAGGGUCUGAAUCUGAUGGCACUCCAACAAAACCCGGAAGUCUCAGCAAGUCCAACAGCCUAGAGAAGAAUGAACAAAGGGUGCAGGCGUUGAACAACAUCAACCAAAACCUAAAGAAGGUCACCCCGCCAAUCCCCUCCAAGCCUCCAGGUGGCCUCUCCAAACCUACGGGCUUGUUCGGUUCACGCAAGCAGAAUAACACCAAACAGCAGCAGGUUGUCAGACCUCAAUCUGUGUUCAUAUCAGCCCCGAUCAGGGACGGUCCCAGCCCUGUUGGCUCUCUCAGGAGAAAUGAGUCCCUCAACUCCACAGACCACCCUCGUGUCAGUCCCACAGUGCGUCGCAAUGCCUCCUUUGGCACUGUGCCACGCAGCCUGGUGUCAAACAACAUAGCACUACCCAACAGGAACAGAUCUGGUACCGGCAGCUCUGAAUCCCUUGGCCUCGGCUCUCAGAAGAAUGCCCUCCCUGUAUCCACAGUGAGGCCCAAGCCCCACAUCAUCCAUAACAACCUCAGAGAGGUAUAUGUCUCCAUAGCAGAUUACCAUGGCGACGAGGAAACCAUGGGAUUUCCUGAGGGGACAAAUCUGGAGGUCCUGGAAAGAAACCCUAAUGGAUGGUGGUACUGCAAGGUUCUGGACAAUGGCAGACCAAGGAAAGGAUGGGUUCCCUCAAAUUACCUCGAGAAAAAGCACUAGCACUCAUGUGUGGAGCUGGCAGAACUCUGAACAUGCGUGUAAAGACUACUCAAACAGAUGCAUUUAUUUUGUGAAAAAGGCUAACCUUAAGACGUUAGGUAAGGAUGGAAAUCUAACCCGGUACCUUUGCCAAAACGAGCAGCCAGAUCAAAUUGUGACUUUGAAAUGAAAUGAGACAUCUGAUAAAUUGAGUCUACGUGAUACAGUGCCUGAGACAUUGCAUCAGAGGCAAUAUAGUGGGACUUAGUGACACACACAAAGACAACACCAGAAAGCGGAAGAAAGAUUUAGUGCUAUUCUUCAGUGGUUACCUUUAACUUGAAAUAAGAGUCAUUUUGUGUCCACUCCUAGAACCUUUUUCUGUAAGUUUAUAAUGUAUUUUUUAAAAACUUUUUAAGCAUUUAAAGCUUACUGCAUGUUUGAAAUGAUUCAUUAUUACUGACGAUGCCUUGAGCUGUUGAAAUUAAACCCUUUCUUCUCCUUUCUUUACAGAAAAUCUCAGUUGUUGCCAAAGCUGCUUUGUGUUAGUCUCAUUUUGGUGCUGUCUGUUUGCAUGUUUUUUUAUAUCUCUUUAUACUGUAUGUCACCUUUAUGUGAAAUAUUUUAUCCAUUUAAUUGUGUAAUAUUGUCCUAAUGAAACAAUUUGUGAGCAUCUCUGAUUAUCACAGUAUUUUCUUACCCUUAAAACCUUUAAGAUCUCCUCUGAAACUUACAGCUUUAAAAUGUUUUUUGGUUUUAAUUUCAGGGGUUAAUUAUCCAAAAUUAAACUCUCCUUAUGUCAGUGAAAAUCAUAUUUAUUCAUUACUUCAAUAUCAUGUUAAUUUUAUUAUUUUUUUACUGAUUAAAAAAAAAAAUCACAGCCGCUUAAACAUUUCUAAGAACUGCUCUGUUAAUCAUAACAUUUUGAAUUUCUGCUGGGCAGUAAAUUUGACAUAACUCUUCAGCUGCAGUUGUACUGGGAUGCUCACUUUUGUUUUACAUUAACUGUGUGACCAGUGAUGAUAACUGAAGUGCCAAAAGAAUUAAUUAAAUAAAUGCACUUUUGAACAAUAAUUAGUGCUUUCUUCUUUAAACUUUACACUGUUCAUAGUUACUGUUUGCCCAUACAUCACAUCAUUUCUGUGAUGACUACCACCGCCAUUGUACACACAAUGAUACUACACAGAAUAAAUAUCACAUUCAACACACGUCCCAUAAAAACCUUACAUAUGUCCAUGGACAUAAAAAAAAAAUCUACACAGUUAACUAAGUUCCACUAAUUUUCUCAAUGGAUUAUGAGUUUAAAACCAUGUAAUCUCACUGGCCCCAGUUCAAGUUUGAAUGGGAAUCUUUGUUGUCCUCACUCCUCAUUUACUGUCACUUCUCUACUUUCUCCUAUGUAAAUAAAAGGCAAAAUUACCUAUAAAUCCCAUCUCGCUCUGUUAGAGCUGAGCCACACCAUUGUCUCUAUAUUUUUUUAUUGUUUGAUAAAACCAAAAUUUAUUGCAUAUGAGACAACCCCAGAUCCAAAAAAUAGCACAAGGAUGAGAACAGAUGAAAUGAUGACUGUAGUUUCACAGUGACACACAUUUAGAAAGGAGACACGGUUUUUUACAGCUGUUAACCAAAACUGGCCUUAUUUUGUCUGUGUUGUAAGAGCAUUUUCAGUGCUCCACAUGUGGCAUGUUGUGUGGCAAUUGCCACUGCUGUUAAUGAAAGUCAUGUGAAAAGGGAGUAAUUAUCUGCUGAAUUAAUUGCAAAUUAAUGUGGUGUAUAACAAACAAUAUAAUGAGAACUUAUCACGGGCCAUAAUCACUGGUAAUGUUAAGUCUUUCAAUCGUAUUGCGUUAAAAGCUUUCUGCUUUGGAAUAUGAAAAAAGAUCUAAAAAUUGAAUAUGUUUAUAUUUAGUAGUGGCACAAUUCAACUCUGGCAGCUUAAGCAUCAACUGACAAAGUUAUAGUUACUGGUGCAGAAUUGUACUAUAAUCUUGUCACCAUCAGCUAUAAUCAGGAAAACACCAAAUCAAAACACUGAUGCUGCUUUCCAGCUUCAAACACUACAUAUCCCUGAUAUAUUGGAUUUGGUGCCUGAAGUAUAAUUAAACAGCCCACAGAAACUUAAUCUGAAAUAUGUCCAUCCCACUGUCUGUCUCUGCUUUGGGAUUUCUGAAGUAAUUUCUACACUCACCGGCUGUAAACCACAGUACUGGUCAAAAUUAUUGGCUGCCCAGAAUUUCAAGCGCAUAAUUCAGAAUAUCUUCAGAAAUCUUCAGAACCACAAGAUAUUUAAAGAGCUUCCUACCUACCUACAGUACAACAUGGUGGAAGUUCUAACAUGCUGAGCAGCUGCUUUCCUGCCUCUGGUACUGGAGGUACUGAACAUUUCAAAAGAAAGAUCAAAUCAGAUUACCAGGGCAUUUUAGAGUGGAAUGUGUUACCCAGUGUCAGAAAACCAGAGGCGAAAGUCUUGGCUCUUUCAGCAGGACAAUGACCCAAAGCACACAUCCAGCAGCACAAAACAGUGGUAGAAAAGGAAAAGAUGAGCUGUUUCAAACAGACCAGCAUGAGUCCUGACCUAAAUCACAUUGAAAGCCACUGCAGAAAAGGACUCCUGCAAAUUUGAAAGAGCAGACAGGUGCAAGAAGCUUCUAGAUGGAUACAACAAAUGUUCAGGAGCUGUCCCAAAGGUUCUGCAACCAAAUAAUAGUCAAGGGUGCCAGUGAUUGUGUCUGUGGUACAUUUUGGGACUGUAUUAUUUCACUAUUAUGCAAGUGUUGUUUUUAUUUCUUUUGUUCAGUAACCUUGGACAUUAUAUUAAAAUAUUCUGCUUAUGCAAAAUUGCUUCAUUUGCA